GAGCUGCCUAAUGCUUCGGUUCAUUCAUCAGGCGAACCGGCGGAUGACGUCACGGACCCUACCUCUUCACAGGCGACCUGUGACACACCGCGCUCGCGGCUCAGUCUUCUCCUGGCAUCUGUGCGCGCGCGUGCGUGCGAGCGAGGGAGCGAGGAGGAAAGGCUCGUGUUAAGAGGCGACUCUGUACACACAUACGCGCGCGCGUUCUAUUUCCCACCUGAAGGAACUCGUUAAGCUUCCUCUCGUAACGCGGACUUCUGGAAGAGAAUUUGCUGGAAAGUUCCAGCCAAGUGAAUUGCUUCUUGUUGUUGUUUUUUUCUCCCAGUUACUUCCCACCGCCACCCGUGUUUGAAACGAAUUGGUGGCCAAAAUGUCUCGAGACCCGGACGACGUGAACAAGCUGACUGAAAGCACGUACAAGAAUGUGAUGGAGCAGUUCAACCCAGGACUUCGCAACCUUGUAAACCUGGGGAAAAACUAUGAGAAGUCGGUAACAGCGAUGACGCUUGCUGGAAAGACGUAUUUUGAUGCCGUCUCAAAGAUCGGAGAGAAUGCUGCUAUAUCACCAGUCUCCAGGGAGUUGGGGGUGGUCCUGAUGGAGAUCUCUGAAAUGCACAAGAAGGUUCAGACGGAGCUGGAGCAGACUUUCAAAAGGUUCCAUAGAGAGCUCAUUGGAGAACUGGAGAAGAAAACUGAUAUGGAUGUCAAAUACAUGACUGCCACAUUCAAAAGAUACCAGUCUGAACACAAAUUGAGGCAGGACUCGCUGGACAAAUCUCAUGCAGAUCUGAAGAAAUUGCGCCGAAAAAGCCAGGGGAAGCAUUCCAGCAAGUACGACUUCAAAGAAAAUGAGUAUCUGGAGUCGAUUUCUUCGGGGCAGACAGACAUGCAAAAGUUUAUAGCAGAAGGCUGCAGGGAGGCCCUGCUGGAGGAGAAGAGAAGGUUCUGCUUCCUAGUAGACAAACACUGCACUUUAUCCUAUCAGAUGGCAGAUUUUCAUGACAAAGCAAAGGAGAUUCUCUCGAUGAAGUUGCCCAGCUGGCAAAACAAGUGCACUGAUGCCCUCCAGGUACCGGACACCGUGAUAUCCAUGAUUGAAGGCAUGCGCACCCCGAUCUCCAACACGCCAAAGUCUUCUCCUCGUGUGGAGCACUUCGACAGGAAUUCUGACUCCAUGGUUCCUCCACCAGCUCCACCGCUGAAGGCUCAGACCAGUCCAUUAGCGAAUAUGUUCUCACCGGAGAUCCCCAGAAGCAUGGUCUCUCCAGAGCCUUACUCAGACCAAGACAGUUCUGAUGGCAAUGGAAUGUCCAGAUCCACAUCUGUGUCUAGUGAUAUGAACAUACUAAAAAAGCCACGAAUGCAGACCAUUUUCCCACACACAGCUGGCAACAACGAGUCCCUGCUCAGCUUCGAUGAUGGAGAAAUCAUCAUUUUGCUGAUUCAGGAAGAGAAGGAUGGUUGGCUCUACGGGGAACUGGAGAAAACUGGACAGAGAGGCUGGUUUCCAUCGUCGUACUGCCGACCUUACAGCGAGCCUGUGCUCUCAAACCUCAUGAACGUGGCAGAUCUCUGUAAGCGGUCUGAAGAGGAAGAGGAGGAUGAGGAGGAGGAAGAGCAGCCUGUGUUUCUGCCUCCCCCUGACUAUGGUGACUCAUCCAGGAAGCCCUCCACUCCCUCAUCACAGAGCACGGUGUCAUUGUCAAAUGGCACAUCGAAGCCUCCUUUUCUUGGAGGUGGGAAUCCCUUUGCAACGGUCAGGCUGCGGCCCACGGUCACAAACGACAGAUCAGCGCCGAUCAUCUAACACCAUUCAGCACGUUUAUUUGAGCCUCAUUUUCAUUUUGGUUGUUCAAAUUAAACAGCUUGUUUGGGAAGCAGUUGGGAAAAUUAAAGGGCUUACCCAUAAAUGCUUUUAACUUUACAUUCAAGCCCAAGUUAAAAUGUAAAAUUGCGUGGAUUUGAAUGAAUAAUAAGUUGGUUUUACAGUUAACAUAAGUUCAACUGGGUACAAAAGCCAAAAGUGUUUUCUUAAGUUUUAUCAAUUUAACACAUUGUUUGACCAUAUUGGUCUUUGUAGCUGUUAAACCAGUGACAGUUUUUAGUAUAUCUGUCUAGCCUUAUUUGAUCAAAAGCCACAGCUUGACCAGAAUCAAGUUCAAAUAUGUUAACUGCAAGUAUCACAAUGUAUGUAGAAUACUGGAUGAAUAUACAAUAUUCCAUAUGGUAUGCAGUGGUAUGCAGUCAUCAGUUCCAGUUAACUUUGUGUUGUUUAAAAAUACUAGUUUUUCUAAUAUGUUAAGUGUUGUAAUGUGAAAAUGAGGUAAUUAUAAAAGCACAUAAUAUAGCACAAUAGUUUAUUUCUCCCAGUUUUAAAAGAGAAUCCUGCCUGGUGUUGACUGUGUCCCAGGGAAAAUAACAGCAUAGCUCAAGAUACAAUGUAAAAACGGGUUCUGUCUGUGCCUAGUUAUACUGCUGUGUAUUCUUAUUUUUAAUUUAACAAAUGCAUUUAAUGUAGGGAAUUGUCCAAAUCAUUCUUUUUAAAUCUAUUUUAUUUACUUAUGUUUUAAUAUGUAUGGGUUACCUUUUUAAUCUGUUGUAUCAUUUAAUUGUUCUAUUUUCUGUCAAAAAGCACUGGAAUAAAAGAUUUUUCAUGAA